AUGGUGAUAAUGAUGGCACUGGUGAUGAGUUCAGCUUAUUCAAUAGUUUUUGGUUUUCUCUUGCGUCGAUGCUGUGUCAAGGUGCUGACAAUACUCCUAAAUCGUUGUCAGGUCGAAUCGUUGUCGGAUGUUUUUGGUUUUGUAUACUUAUAUGGGUAUCUACAUACACUGCGAACCUUGCAGCUUUCUUCUCGUUUCGUGACACGACGCUUGGCGUGAACAGUCUAGAAGAUAUCAUAAAACGGGACUACAAAUUGUUUGUCUUCGCUGGUACGCCAUUAGAAGAAACGUUGAGGACAUCGAACUUCUCAACCUACAAGAAUCUAUACCAAAAAAUUGUUUCUGACAAUUCAUUUGUGAAAUCAUUUGAUGAAGGCGUUAGAGCCGURCGAGCCAACUCCAAACACCUCAUGUUGGAAGAGCAUCCUUAUGCAGAAUCUUUCAUACAUACCAAGCCUUGUGAUUUGAUGACAGUAAAGGGUUUCAUGGGAGUCAAGGGAUAUGGAUUUGCAAUGAAUAAGGAAUUUCCCUACGCAUCAAAUAUCACUGUUGCCGCGAUGAAGCUCAGAGAAACAGGCGCAAUUGAAGAUUUGAAGCGAAAAUGGUGGAAUUAUCGAAGUCAGUGCCACGAAAGUCAYGAAAAGAAGCCUACAGAAAGACUUGGCCUUGAACACAUGGUUGGAUUGUACAUGUUGGUAGCUGCCGGCUGUUUGCUUGGUAUAAUAUCCAUGUUAUUCGAAGUGCUGUGGAGUGCUAAGGGAGAGGCAAUCAAGGCUGCCCUGCCCUGCUGUUUUAGGAAAGAAGAAAAAGAGAAAGAUGAAGCCGAGUGAAGCCACUACUGCAAGCAAAAAUUAUAAACAUUUUUUUCGACUCUUAAUCUUAUAAUGCAUUGUUAUCUAAGAUCACUGAGACAACUUUAUUUUUAUUCUAUAUUUUUUUUUCACAAAAUCUGGUUAUCUGUGUUCUUUUUUGUUUAUUUAAUUAUUACUUUUUAUUCUUAACCAGGUUGUCUUCAUAUUAUCAUAUUAACUCGAACUUAAAUCAAUCGCACGUUAAUUUGUACACACCCAAUAUGACAAAAAUAAAUAAAGAUCACAAA